GUGUUCCCCCCGGGCACCGCUGGAGAAUCCUCAUGUUAACCGUCUUCACUCCGGUGCCAGCCUGGCCGUUACUUCUGUUCUCCUCUCUGCACAGCAGUUUGGAGACGGGGAGAUGGGAGCGCGCUUCACUGGCGUCCAGAUUCCCAUCUUCACUUUAAGAAAAUAACUGCACGCGCAUGGCAAUUUCAGCACGGUCUCCGUGAACAGCGAACGUGCAGUUGCUUCGGGCAGAUGAAGUUACAUUGGACCGUAAAAAAAAAAAAAACAAGGACAGGAGCUUGCCUUGCAGAAUUACAGAAGUUUGACAUUUUUAUCCAGAACGGACUGAGGUGCAGAGGUAUUGAAUCAUUUGUUCAAUUAAUGAUGGAAUAAUGGUGAUUUCACUUUGAUUUCACUGUAGGAUUAUAUCAAUGGACUCACAGCAAUAGGACAUAGCAAUGGACGUGUGUAAAAUGAUGCAUGCAUUGGAUGCGCUGAUCGAUUUCAUUCAACAGAAGACAUGCACGAUCGGCAGGCAUUUCACGCGCGGCUUAACUGAGGCACCCGAGUUUUUUUUUUUUACAGGACUUGUCUUGAAUAAUGUUGGGGAGGUUUGUAAAUGGUGGUCAACGGUGUCCUUGGUAUGUCGACUUAAUGAGCACACAGAAGACAUGCUAUUCCAUCCCAUAUAGAUUGAAAACUUUUUCGGAAACAUCUGCGCGCCUCACGGUGACCGGGAUUUGGUUUUGUGCAUGAAUAAAAAACAUGGCACUGAGUGAGAAUUGUAAAACCCAGCCGGGUAAAGAAACAGGGUCGGUGCAAAACCCGGCGUCUGAUGUUAUUGAACUAAACGUAGGAGGUCAGGUAUACUAUACUCGUCUCCAUACUUUAACAAGCAUCCCCAAUUCCUUACUGGGACGGUUAUUCUCCACCAAGGGGUCCUCGAAUGAUUUGGCACGGGACCUCCGGGGACGUUAUUUUAUCGACAGAGAUGGUUUUCUGUUCCGAUAUGUAUUGGAUUAUCUGAGAGAUAAGCAGGUCGUUCUACCGGACCACUUCCCAGAGAAAGGGAGGUUAAAACGGGAAGCGGAAUACUUUGAACUCCCCAAACUGGUCAAACUGUUGGCGUCCGAGGAAUCGAAACAGUUUCAGGACGACCCUUUUCACAGUGAUUUCGACGACGCGUCGCUAGGCAGCGACCAGAGGAUAUAUUCCUCCUACUCUCUGGACCGGAGGUAUGGAUACAUAACCGUCGGUUUCAAAGGCACGUGUGCGGCACCGGGAGGCAAGGACAGUCAGAUUGACCCCAAAUCCCAAAAAGCAGUACCCAGAAUCUUCAUCAGUGGAAGAAUCGGCCUCGCCAAAGAGGUGUUUGGAAACACCCUGAAUGAGAGCCGAGACGCGGACAGGCCAGCGGACAGGUACACCUCCCGGUUCUUCCUCCGGUUCCGUCACCUGGAGCGGGCCUUUGACAUGUUGUCGGAGAGCGGGUUCCACAUCGUCGCCUGUAACUCGUCGCUCACCGCCUCUUCCAUCAGCCAUUACGCACCCGAGAAAGUCUGGUCCAACUUCACGCAGUACGUCUUCUACCGUGGCCCAUCCAGGUGGUCUUCGUCCCACUGCGACUGCUGCUGCAAGAGCCACAGGAGCGAGCGUGAGGGAGAGAGCGGCACUUCUUUGAACGAGCUCUCUACUUCCUGCUCCGAGACCCAAUCAGAAGCCAGCUCCCCUCAGGGCACUGUCAUAUGUGGUUCCGUCAGCCGACAGCCUCACCCCAUCGCCCAGACCCUGGACCGGCCACUGAAGAAAGGUCCCGUUCAGCUGCUCCAGCCGUCGGAGAUAAGGAGGAAGACGGACCUGCUCCGGGUGAGGACCAUGGGGAUCAGGGACCACCGGGAGGCUGCAGCCAAGAGGAAAGCCAACAAGGAGAAGUUAACACCGGAGCAGGAGCUGGAGAGGUGCAUCCAGGACUUCCACAGGAUCAGGAUUCCUGACCGCUUCCCGGAGAGGAAGUACAUGUGGCAACAAGAGCUGCUGAGGAAGUACCGUCUCUAAGGGGAG